GUUCUUUCACAUAAUGGCUCCUGUUGCUCCUAGAUCUGGCGAUGCCAUUUUCGCCAACGUUGAACGAGUGAAUGCUGAGCUUUUUACCCUAACGUACGGUGCAAUCGUGCGACAACUGCUUACCGAUCUAGAGGAAGUUGAAGAAGUCAACAAGCAACUUGAUCAAAUGGGUUAUAACAUUGGAAUUCGGCUCAUUGAUGAGUUUCUGGCAAAGUCUAACGUUUCUAGGUGUAUUGAUUUCAAGGAAACAGCUGAAGUCAUUGCCAAGGUUGGUCUCAAAAUGUUCCUAGGUGUCACAGCAACUGUUGGCAAUUGGGAUGCUGAGGGAACAUCAUGCAGUCUUAUUUUGGAGGACAACCCCUUGGUAGACUUUGUUGAGCUCCCCGAUACUUGUCAAGGUCUAUAUUAUUGUAACAUCUUAAGUGGAGUAAUCAGAGGAGCAUUAGAGAUGGUGUCGAUGAAAACUGAAGUCACGUGGGUCCGUGAUAUGCUUAGAGGAGAUGAUGCAUUUGAGCUGCAGCUGAAACUGCUGAAGCAAGUUCCUGAGGAGUAUCCUUACAAAGAUGACGAGUAACAGCUGAAACUUAUGAAUAUUGUAUCGCUUCUUUUAUUUCUUUCUGUUCUGGAAAUGUUAAGCUCUCUAAACCCUCUUUGUGAUUAAACAUUUCGUUCUAGUUUUACUUAUGAUUAGUGAUUAGCUAAUCCAAAAUUUCGGUUGUCA